AUGAGCACCCCGCCAGACCCGACGUCAGAAGGCAUGCGACGCCGCACACUCGCCUCGUCGACUCCCGCAACCGCCUCGUCUACUCUCGGAUUGACCGACUCGCCUGCUCUCAACGCGACCGCAUACGCCUCUUCCUCGCCCCCUUCUCCCGCCCUCGAACCCUUGACACCGCCUUUCCGACCUGCCUUUUCACGCACCAACUCGACCAACGGCGGGUCGAGUUCCUCCUCCUCGUCGACUUCCAACUCUCCCCGGUUCGACCUACCGGAAGACGACCCCCUCUUCUCCGGCCUCUCUUUGCUCGACCUCCUCAACGUCCUCGACGCACACAUCGAGCUCCUCACGCGCCCCUUGCGUCGCAAGAGCGUCUCAUGGAAGACUAAAGCCGAUCGGUUGUUGGACGAGGCGAAACAGAGAGGGAGGGAGACGUUCAAGGUUCAGUUGCCGAGUGUGCCGGCUUUCGAUUUGGGUGAGGGAUUGGGAUUCGCGGCGGGGAGGGAGAGGGAGAGGGAGGGCGGUGCGGCGAGUUUGCAGGAGAGGAAGGUCCUCAGCCAGAAGGACCGCGAGAGGCUCGAGAGGAAGUACAGGGAGGUCAGGGAAAGGAUGAGGCAGAGUAUCGCCAAGUUGGUCGUCAAGUGGGAGGAAGAGAAGACGGUCCGACUGCGCGACAAGAUCUCGUUCGUCUGCGGCGUCAUGAACGUCCUCGUCUCUUCCCUCCUCCUCGGCUUCGAGCCCACCUGGAUUCCAGCCUGGUACUCGCUCCAAAUGCUCGUCUACACGCCCUACCGCGUCUACACAUACAAGCGCAAACUCUACCACUAUUUCCUCUUCGACCUGUGCUACUUUGUCAACCUCCUCACGAUCGUUUACCUCUGGGUCUUCCCCGGCAGCCCCAUGCUCUUCGAGGCGUGUUUCGGCCUCACACUCGGCAGUCUCGGAACUGCGAUCGCAACUUGGCGCAACUCGCUCGUCUUCCACUCACUCGACAAGAUCAUUUCGCUCGCCAUCCACAUCUUCCCGCCCUUCGUCUUUGUCGUCAUUCGCCACUUCUACCCUCACGAUCUCGCCGUUGCGCGCUAUCCGGCUCUCAAGGAGCUGCCGCACCUGAAUCCUUGGCGCAGUAUGGCAAUCUGCAUGGUCACCUACACCGUCUGGCAACUCCUCUACUUCCACUUCGUCAUCCAGCUCCGCGCGGCCAAGAUCAAAGAAGGACGAGCGACGAGUUUCACGUACAUGGUCAACGACAAGAAGCGCUUGAUCGGAAAGAUCGCGGCCAAGGUUCCGCCGCAGUGGCGCGAAGUGGCUUUCAUGGGCGGACAAGCGAUCUACACUUUCGUCACGCUCCUCAUCCCGAUCUUCGUCCUGUACGACUCGAAGAUCUGGAGCUCGAUCUACCUCGUCGCGUUGUUCGCCAUCUCGGCUUACAAUGGCGCCUCGUUCUACAUGGAAGUGUUCGCUCGGCGGUUCCAGAAGGAACUCAUUGCCCUCCGCAAAGAGUUCGACGCCCAACAACAACUCCUCAACCGCUACGCCUCGAACCCUCCCCCACAAACUCCCGCCGCUUCGACUACGCCCAUACCUGAUCCGCUCGACGCCGUCCCUGCGCCGGGGGAGGGAGACGCGGAGGCGGUCAAGUCGACGAAUGAGGCGUUGGGGGAGGUGCAGAAGCCGGUGUGA